AUGGACGACUACGCUGUUCCGGGAGCCUUCCCAUCGGGCGCAGAGGAGACAGAGCAACCUUCUGUACAUCGUGCACCCAAGAAGAGAUUCGUUGGGCGACGCACCCUUGAGGCGCAAACGAAAUCCAAACAAGAUGCUAAUGGCAGUGUCGAAGAGACGACGGCGAUUGUCCAGAGCACAAAGCGACGUCCUCGUGUUCUGAACCAGAUCCCGGCAGAGAUUCUCGAGGAUCCUGACAUUAAUGCCGCCAUUGCCUUGCUGCCUCCAAAUUAUGCCUUCGAGAUACACAAAACAAUCCACCGCAUUCGCAGUCUGCAGGCCAAAAGAGUCGCGUUGCAAAUGCCGGAAGGUUUGCUCAUGUUUGCCACCACCAUAUCCGAUAUCUUGACUCAGUUCUGUCCGGGAACCGAGACCUUGAUCAUGGGCGAUGUGACGUACGGCGCCUGCUGUAUAGAUGAUUAUACUGCGAGUGCACUGGGCUGCGAUCUCCUGGUCCAUUAUGCCCACAGUUGCCUCAUUCCGGUGUCCGCUUCCAAGAUCGCCACGCUUUACAUCUUUGUGGACAUCACAAUCGAUACCAAUCAUCUGGUGAAAACGCUAGCUCGCAACAUCUCUCCAGGUAAGACCAUUGCUAUGGUGGGUACCAUCCAAUUUAAUUCGACUCUCCACAAUGUCGGCCCUGCUCUUGAAGCCGAGGGCCUCAAAGUGGUUGUGCCUCAAAUAGCACCACUGAGCAAAGGCGAGAUUCUAGGUUGCACUGCUCCUAAGCUUUCUCCAGAUGCAGAGGUGGACCUGAUCAUCUAUCUGGGUGACGGACGCUUCCAUCUGGAAGCUGCCAUGAUCGCCAAUCCUGACAUUCCUGCCUACCGCUAUGAUCCAUACUCACGCAAGCUGACCCGCGAGACCUACUCGCAUGACGAGAUGCUCGAUAUGCGUUCAUCUGCAAUUGCUACAGCCAAGAAAGCGAAGAAGUGGGGAUUGAUUCUGGGCGCGCUCGGUCGGCAAGGCAAUCCGCACACUCUGACCAUGAUUGAGAAUCAGCUGCAACGGCAGGGCAUCCCUUCCGUAAAUUUGCUGCUGAGCGAAAUCUUUCCUGGGAAGCUGGCUUUGUUCGACGAUGUUGAAUGCUGGGUCCAGGUUGCUUGUCCGCGGCUCAGCAUCGAUUGGGGAUAUGCUUUUUCUCGGCCAUUGUUGACACCGUAUGAGGCGCUUGUGGUGUUGGGUAGCCAGCAAAGCUGGGAGCAAGGAGACGGCACGUAUCCUGUGGACUUCUACGCCAAUAAUGGACUCGGCAGGACAACAAAAAAGCUAGCUGCACAGGUGAGCGCAGCGGCCUGA